AUCCUCAUUUUCUUCACCCACCUUACACUUCCCAUUUCCAUCCAACUUAUUCCCCCUUACUAGUAUACUCAUUAAUCCAUCAUUUAUGUGAAUGUAUAAAACAAAACCAUUACACAAAUUAAGAAAUUUGAUAGUAAAUAAAGCAAAGCUCACAAGAAUCAACCAACCAAAAACCCACGUUCUCCUCUUACUUCUGGUCAAAGUUUUACUCAAAAAAGCACCACUGACACUGCUACCACUGCCUCAAAGACCAACCCUUUACAGUUCAACUUCAACAUCUGGACCAAUCAAAACAGAUUCUCACACCACCACCAUUGUUUUUUUCUUCUUAUCAUUAUCAUCAUCAUACCUUUUUUUAUUUCAACUCUUCAAAAUCAGGGUCAUUGUGACUUGAGUCUGUUCAAUCAUUGACUGUAACUAAACUCCCCAAAGUUCAGACCUUUUUCCUGUUCUUAUCCUAUUGUUGCUGAAAUUUUUUCAUGGGGUGUUGGAGAAUCUCGUGUUUAUAGCUUCAUCAUAACGCAUGCUCCAUUAUCUUUUGGUUUCUCGUGCUUCUUGUUGGUGCUUUUUCAGUGUCUAGAAGCUUCUAUUUGGUUGGCUCACUUUUCAAUGAACUGGGGUUGCUUCAAAAUUUUGUCUUGUUUAGAUUAAACGAACAGCAGAUUUUUGUCCAAAAAAAAAAGAACAGCAGAUUCAGUGAUUGUUUCUGUUACUGUUCGAUCCGUGUCUUGUGUUUGGUACAAAAAUGAUUGUUUCUAAAAGAGAAGAGCAGAUUAUGUUGCCUUCAGAAGGUGCAAGUGAGGUUUCAAAGUCAACUUCAUUGGAUUUGAACCCAGAUUCCCUUGAUGGAUCCACACCUGGUUCCACUGAUUACACUGAUGUAGGGGUUGUGCCAGAGCACCAGAAGGAUGAGCUUGAGCACUUGAUAUCAAAUUUAGAGAGGGAGGUUGAGCAGCUGAGGCUCAAUCAGAGGAUAGUGGAUGAUAAGAGGAGAGAAGCAUUGAGUAAGAUAUUGGAUAUCAAAGGGAGCAUUCGAGUAUUUUGUAGAAUUCGACCAAUUUUGAUACCGGAUAAGAGGAAAAUCUCUGAACCAGUAUCAGCUGGAUCAGAGAGAAUUCGGGUUAAGUUGGGAGGAACAAGGAAAGAUUUUGAGUUUGAUAAGGUUUUUCCUCAAGAAUCAAGCCAAGAAAAUGUUUUUGUUGAGGUUGAGCCAAUUCUAAGAUCUGCAAUGGACGGACACAAUGUGUGUGUUUUUGCUUACGGUCAAACGGGCACAGGCAAGACAUUCACCAUGGAUGGUACAAAUGAGCAUCCGGGAAUCAUCCCCCGUGCUCUUGAAGAGCUCUUUCGUCAAGCUUCUAUGGAUAAUUCGUCUGCAUUCACUUUUUCAAUGAGCAUGUUGGAAGUUUACAUGGGCAAUGUCAGGGAUCUUCUGGCUCCAAGACCUUCUGGUAGAUCAUAUGAACCUAUGACAAAGUGUCUCAACAUCCAAAUAGAUCCAAAAGGAUUGGUUGAAAUUGAGGGUCUCUCAGAAGUGCAAAUCUCUGAUUAUGCUAAAGCCAGAUGGUUGUACAACAAGGGCAGAAGGUUCAGAUCCACCUCAUGGACUAAUGUCAAUGAGGCAUCAAGCAGGUCACACUGCUUGACAAGGAUAAGCAUAUUUAGACGCGGGGAUGCUUCAGAAGCCAAAAGCGAAAUAAGUAAAUUGUGGAUGGUUGAUCUUGGAGGCAAUGAACGGUUACUGAAAACUGGAGCCAGAGGAGUAACACUUGAUGAGGGCCGGGCUAUCAAUCUUUCUCUUUCAGCUUUAGCUGAUGUCAUUGCAGCUUUGAAGAGGAAGAGGGGUCAUGUGCCUUACAGAAAUAGCAAGCUGACACAAAUACUGAGAGAUUCUCUUGGUGAUGGCUCAAAGGUCUUGAUGCUUGUGCAUAUAAGCCCUUCAGAAGAAGAUGUUUGCGAGACAAUCUGUGCUUUGAAUUUUGCAAAGAGGGCAAGAGCAGUAGAGUCCAAUAAAGAAGUACAAGUGGAAUUGAAGAAGCAAAAGGAAAAGAAGAUUAUGGAGCUUGAGGAAGAUAUUAAGGAAGCUGAAAAGCAACGUCAGUAUUUAAGGGAUCAAAUACAGAAUGUUGAGUUAAAGCUAAAAGAGAGUAAAAAGAUAUUUUCAACCACAUAUACUCUUCCAGAAAGGGAAGACAUGGAAACCUCUAUUAGCCCCAAAGAUGAUGUCAAAGAGGUUAAUGAAACCCCUAAAGCAUCUCAUAAGUGUAUUAAAAGAAGUUUCUCCAAUUCAGUGCCUCGGUUCAUGAAUUCAACUGCUGCUAGUCGCCAAAGGCAAAGUGCUGCAGAACAGGAACUUAUUGUGAAAUCAAAAGGUUUAAGAUCUGUGGUCGCUAGAAGUUCAAUCCAGUUUCCAUGUUCCCAAUCAUUAAGUUACUCAGAUCUCCGCGUUAAAGCAAUGCUGCGAAGUUCUCAUGGAAAAUCCCGGUAUGCUGAAACAAAUACUAUUCCCACAGAAAGGCCUAAAUGCAAUGAGUUGGAUUCGAAAGUGGUUACUCCUCGAAGCAAGAUGGUUACAUCAUCUGAUCCAAACUUGAGAGUUACAUUGUGUCAUCAUAGAAGAAGGAUGUCUAAUCUGAUCUAAGGGUUAAGUGACAUCUUAGUUGCAGAAUGCAGAUACUUUAAUGUUGUGGAGUGGUUGCAUGUUUACCUUCUUUCAGUUUGUAUUUUCUUUAACAAAUUGUAGCGAGAGUGUGGUGUUAAUAGGUGUGUUUUCUGGGGCUGUUAGUGUUUGGGAUCUGUUAACUGUUUAACAUGGUCAUUCUCAGUUUUUGAGCUUGUUGGGUCUUGUUAGUCAUUUGAUUAUGAGAUUAUAUAGCAAUUUGAGGUGACUAACUAUUACUGAAGUUUGUCUUGACUUUUAUAUGAAUACAAACAAACAGUUACUUGGCC